GUGGCCAACAACGUCGCCCCAGUUUAUUUGACGACUUGUCAGUCCAGCCUCAAAAUAAUCGCGAGCACAGUGGUGGGAACUUGCAGCAGCACCCGAAGCUGGCAUUUAUAAAUAGGAAGCAGAUUGUUGCGCGGCUCGACAUUUCACAAUCACCUUCUGAACGGGAUAGAAAAAAACAACAACACUGAUCUCCUCCUUCUGUAAGUUGCAUAUGGACUGGAGCAGCCUGCAGCGACCCAAACAUGACGUCCCUAUGCGGGAAUGUUAACUGAUUUAACAACGUCGAAUAGCCGAGAGACCAUUACAAGCUUCCAUGACAGACUGUGCUGGUCACCAGUGAGGGACACUCAUGGCCCACCGUGUGCACGACCACCAAAGCCGCCUGCCAGUUGCCCAGGUUGUGACCCUUCCUCCUUCCAGCCAAGCAAAGGACUUGAGGCCCAGCUGGACAGCUCUGGACUCCUUGCUAUGCGGCGCAUUCGCCGGAGCCGUCGCCAAAACCGUUAUCGCACCCCUUGAUCGCACCAAGAUCAUCUUCCAAGUGUCCUCACAAAGGUUCUCUGCUAAGGAGGCCUUCCGAGUCAUUUACUGCUCGUACCUGAAAGAUGGGCUGCUCAGCCUGUGGAGGGGCAACUCAGCCACCAUGGUGAGGGUCAUGCCCUACGCUGCCAUCCAGUUCUGCUCCCAUGAACAGUACAAAAACGCGCUGGGGGGCCACUAUGGCUUCCAGGGAAAAGCUCUGCCUCCAUUUCCACGUUUUUUAGCUGGCUCAUUGGCAGGAACCACAGCGGCCAUGCUUACGUACCCGUUGGACAUGGUGCGGGCCCGCAUGGCGGUCACAGCCAAAGAAAUGUACAGCAACAUCAUGCACGUCUUUGUACGAAUCUCCCAAGAAGAAGGUCUAAAGACUCUCUACAGAGGCUUCACCCCCACCAUACUGGGCGUUAUACCCUACGCCGGUAUCACAUUCUUCACUUACGAGACCCUCAAAAAACUACACACAGAAAAGACAAAACGGUCCCAACCAUACACGGUGGAGCGUUUGGCCUUCGGCGCAUGCGCGGGCUUGAUCGGACAGUCGGCCUCUUACCCUCUGGACGUAGUCCGCCGGCGCAUGCAGACGGCCGGGGUGACCGGCUCGACCUGCAGCACCAUCCUAGGAACGAUGCGUGAGAUUGUGAGGCAGGAGGGCGUCGUGCGGGGACUCUACAAAGGCCUGAGCAUGAACUGGCUUAAGGGGCCCGUCGCUGUGGCUAUCAGCUUUACCACCUUCGACGUCACACACAGCCUCCUUCUCAAAGUGCACCAGACGGGCUUCUUCGCCCACUGAUCGGCACAGGAUGGACUCAAUGGAGGUAGCACACAGGAAGAUUGAAAUGCCCUUAUAUGGCUGUUCACGCAAUCAUGCAUAUUAACAAAAAUAAUUGUACCUACUGUCAGGAGUAGUCAAGUCAAAUUGUGUCUUAUGUGUUUGCACUACUCGGCCUUUUUUGUUGAUUUUUUUUUUUUAAACAAAAUGCUCAUGUUCGGAUGUAAUUUGCACCUUUGGGUAAUCACGCAAUAUGUGAACUGAAAUGAUUGUACUCAACCCUCAACUCCCCCUCCCAUCCAGCACUUUCAUGGUGAUUACAAGGUGUUAUAGCAUAUGAGAAAUAAAUGUAUGUAUACAUAUAUAUAUAAAAUAUUUUUUAAUGGAAAAAAAAGUAAAGAUGUCAUUUCAAAAAUUGAUGUUUUGCAAUACUGUAUAUCUAAUAGCGAUCAAUACUUCAUUUGUCCACAUGAGGGAGCUAUGUGACAAAUAAUCAAGACUGGCGCUUUCAUAAAUAAAAUGUAGAAAAAAAAUCUUU